UCAUCUUCAUUCUCCCUUUUCUUGCCAAACCUAAACAAGUCUUUUCAGAAAGUCCACUUCUCAGACAAAGCAAAGAUAUUAAUAGUCAUGCAACAUGUGAUUUGUUCACUGGCAAAUGGGUGAGAGAGAUCAGAGGACCAACUUAUGAUAAUAGAACAUGUCCAACUAUGCUUGAGUCCAGGAACUGUGAGAAGUAUGGGAAGGAUCAGGAUUUCUUGAACUGGCGUUGGAAGCCUCAUGGCUGUGACUUGCCUCGGUUCGAUGCCGGGGAAUUUUUACGUAUGGUGAAGGGGAAGACUAUGUUUUUCGUCGGUGAUUCACUUGCGAGAAAUCAUGUUGAAUCACUCUUGUGUUUACUUUCUCAGGUGGAGAAGCCAAUGAAUGUGCACAAAGACAAAGAAGACACAUCCAACAUAUGGUACUUCAACUCCUCAAAUUUCACAAUAAAGAGCAACUUUAUCAAAUUCUUAGUCCAAGCAACAGAGAGAACAAUCAACGGCACAAAAACAGGAGUCUUUGAUAUACACAUGGACAAGGUUGACACUGAAUGGGCAAACAAGCUUCACAAAACACAUUACAUUGUCAUUUCAACAAGCCAUUGGUUCUUCAGAAAAAACUAUUUCUAUGAGAAUGGCAAGCUCAUAGGCUGCACCUUCUGCUCAGAAACUAAUCUCAAGGAAAUCAAUUUCAUCACUGCCAUAAAGAAAGCCACAAGAACCGCACUAGAGUUUAUAAAAAACAGUACUCAUGAAGAGCACCAUUUUGAGUUCAAGACACUGACCUUAUUAAGGACUUAUUCACCAGCACAUUUUGAAGGUGGUGCUUGGAAUGAUGGAGGUUAUUGCAAUAGAACAAGGCCACUGAAAGCAGAGGAAAUGUUGGGUGUGGGUGACAUGGAGUUGAGGAAUGGACAAGUGGAGGAAUUGGAUAAGGUUAAGGAAGGUGAAGGGGAGUUUGGGGUGGUGGAUGUGACUGAGAGCAUGAUGGUGAGGGCAGAUGGGCAUCCAGGGAAACACUGGAACGAUGAAUGGAUGAAGGGGUUUAAUGACUGUACGCAUUGGUGCUUGCCAGGUGCUGUUGAUGUUUGGAAUGAUAUGAUGCUCCAAGUGAUGAAGAGGUUUUCUUCAUUUUAG